UUGUACGGAUAGUAAGCUAACGGACAACGCGAAUGUAAACUUACAUAAAUAACGCGGUUUGCUGCUUAUAGCCAUACUGUUGGCGGUGGUUUUAAAUGACUGAAACAAGCCUCUUUGUCGGGAUUAUGUUUGUGGGAACAUGGUAUUGCCGUCACUGCGAGGAUAUAAAAUUUGGGUAAGGUAAGCUAACUAAAUUAGCUGUAGCUUGCUAGUUUCUUAAGGUUCCGCAAGGCCGCGGAGAACACGAGAGCUGCUUCCCGUUCUCACUUAGCUGAGAAUGUAGUUUACAGCUCAGGUGCUAAACACGCAACGAUAAUCAGAGCUGCUUGAUUUGUGGUGUAAUCGGUUGCAUUUGUUUAAAAAAAUAAAAUAAAAAUAAUCCGGGCUACCUAGCUUGCUAGCAUGAGUGAAGUGACGGACUGCAAACUGUCCGCGGACUCUGCAUCGAGGAAACGGUGUCCAUCACCCGGCCAGGAUGAAGGUAGUACAAUUCCCCUAAAGUCCUCUAAAGUAAGUGACGAUGCAUGUGCAACAGAGGCUACGUCAGAAAGUUGCAAAAACAGUGAAAGUGAAAACAAAGAAGCCCCACAGAUAAAGCCCAAAGAUACUGGGAGUGAAGGCGAUGCUUCGCAGAGAGUGCAGGGUUCAGACAGCAGCAGUGUGCAGGCUGCCAACAGCUCCAGAGCUGACAGGAAAGAUGCCAGCAAACCCCACACCUCGGGCACAAAAGCAUCUGUGGAUGCAAAAAAAGAAACGGAGAAAACAGCUGGAUCGGAGCAGAGUCCCUUACCUCCCCAGUCUGACUCAGCAGCCAUAGCAGCCGCUGAAGCUCUGGCCAGUCUCACAGGAGGAGACGGAGAAGAAAGUCAGGAGACCCCAUGCUCAUCUGAAAAAGCUAAACAGGCAAAACAUGGGAGCAAGUACAAGCAACGGGGAGGCCACCAGUCAUCAAAAGCUGGCUCAAAGACACAGGCGGCGGCAGCUGACAGCUCCACAUCAGUGCGGAGCGCAGACAAAGAGGCUGGAGAGGAUGUUCCCGAGGCAGACGAAGGGGAUGAAUCAGGAUCUGGAUCUUCCUCCACACCAAGCUCCUCUUUCCCAUCUGACAAUGAGGACAAUGAUGAUGGGGAGUGUGCGAUUGUGUCAGUUAAGAUGGCCCCAGAGAUGAGGCAGUCUGUGGCUCUGCUGGCACAAGUGCAAAUGAGACUCGAAGCUCUCGAGAAGAAAAGCGCCCGACUCCAUCAACGGCUGGAGCAGAAGAUCAACCGUCAGAGGCGUCCACAUCUGGAUCAGAGAAGCUCCAUCACAAAAACUAUUCCUGGCUUUUGGGUGACCGCUCUGUUGAACCACCCUCACCUCUCAGCUCACAUUGAUGAGACGGAUGAAGAUGCUCUUAGUUACAUGACUGACCUUGAGGUUGAGUCUUUUAAAAACAGCAAACUGGGCUGCAGGAUUCGCUUCCACUUUAGACGAAACCCAUAUUUCCAGAAUAACAUCAUCAUGAAGGAGCUGCACCUUGGAAUGGGAGGUUCGCCCAUGUCCUUCUCCAACCCCAUACUCUGGCAUCGUGGACACAACCUGACAGCUAACAGUGAGCCCAGGAAGUCGUCGCGUGGGGUUUACGAGACCUUCUUCAGCUGGUUCAGUGACCACAGUAACCCAGGGCAGGACGACGUAGCACAGAUUCUUAAAGAUGACCUCUACAGAGACCCGCUCAGAUACUACCUCACUCCUCUCUGGGAACCAAGAGAAAAUGGAAGUGGAGCCGAGGCCAGAGGCAACGGGAACGGAGAUGACUGUGUGGUGAUCUCUGACUCCGAUGACGAGCCCAGUGAGGAGAUCGGUGAAGCUGAGCAGAGCCAUAGCAGGGACGAGGAAGAUGAGGAGGAGGGAGAAGAAGAGGACAGAGGAGCCGGGGCAGAUGAGAGCCAGGAGGAGGAGGAGGAGGAGGAAGAGGAGCGUACUGGAGAAAUAGUUAUUGACGGCUCUGAUGACAGUGACCAGGAGGAGGAAGAGGAGGAGGAGGGGGUCUAAGAGGAAAGUGGAGGUGAAGAAAAUUUGCACACCAGUCAGCUACAAAAUUCAACCCCCCCACUUGUGUUGUUUCUGGUCCUCCCUGUGCCACAAAAACACAUCUGACCCAUCAGGACACGAACACAGAACCUCUGGGAUCGUCUCGACUCAAAAGGUAAAACGGACGAUGCUGCUCAGUCAGAGCCGAAGAUCCGAAUUGGUUUUGGACUUUGGGUCAGCGUUGAGUUUUUAUGGCGCGUCUGGUCGGCAGCAACACGUACAGGUGAUGUAAAAAAAAGUUUGGAUGUGAUGAACGAAGGUUUUCCCACCAGAACAUCUCAACUCGCCUCAGCACCCGGGGGUUUUAAUGUUGUGGCUGAAUAGUGUUAAAUAAGCAGGUGGGCCACCUUAGGGACCAGAGACUGCAACAAUGAAGAGGAGGCUCAGCUGAUGAACAGUGCAGACAUCGACUCGUUCUUCCUGAUGUUGGUUCUUUUUAUGCACAGAGUAUCAGUCUUUGUUUUUAUACUGAAACACACAGAGAGGCUUCUAAAUUCAGGGUUAACUGUAAGAAUAAAGCCAAGGCAGCAUGUCCCCCC